AUGCCAGCAGACAACAAGACAUAUCUCUCGAACGGGCAGGUGCUCGCAAGUCCUCCCCUCUCCGUUCGCAUUCUACGCUUCUUCGAGAAUAUCUACUUCUUCCUCGGCUUAUAUUUCGUGAGCCUUUUCUCGCUCGAUCCCUAUACUGCCGCUCAGAAUUCCCAGUUCAAUGUAUCGCGGUCAGGAAACCGUCACAAUGCUAGGCCUCGCUGGGGAGGCAGUGGUCCUAGCUCUGGAGGCGGCGGCGGCGGCGGCGGACCUGGAGGUGGAUUUGGGCCUCGCAGGAUUGGGCGUGUGGACGAUAUUAGAGGGCCGGAGUGUAAAAGCUGCCGUUGA